AUGAUGCAGUCUCAGAAUGAAAGCAUUAAUGGUAUAAUGUUGGAUAUUUCAUUCAGAGAGGCUCAAGUGAUAGCUGCAAGUAGUUCUACCUUGUGCCCAGUUUUCUUGUUCUUUAGAAAUUUGAUCCACCAAGGAGUUUGUUCAACAUGGAUGAAGAAUACAAUUCUUCUGUAAUAUAGCGAAGAAUGCAGCUGGGCUCACAUCUUUGUGAGGCAGUCAAAUUUCAAGUUACGUGCUGAUCUGUCCACUCCUUUUAUCAUGAUUGGUCCUGAGACAGGGCUGGCUCCUUUUAGAGGCUUCUUGCAGGAAAGGUUAGCAUUGAAACAAUCUGGGGCAGAACUGGGCACUUCAAUCCUUUUCUUUGGAUGCAGGAACCGUAAUAUGGACUACAUAUAUGAAGAUGAGUUGCAAACUUUCCUUGAGGAGGGGGCGCUUUCUGAGCUAAUUGUUGCAUUCUCUCGGUAAGGGCCAACGAAAGAAUAUGUGAUGCAUAAGAUGGUGGAAAAGGCCAUAGAAAUUUGGAACAUCAUCUCAAAUGGUGGUUACUUGUAUAUUUGCGGUGAUGCCAAGGGAAUGGCUAGAGAUGUACACAAAAUGCUUCAUACAAUAGUCCAAGAGCAGAGAUCUUUGGAUAGCUCCAAAACCGAGAGCUAUGUAAAGAGCAUGCAGAUGGAAGGCAGGUACCUCCGUGAUGUAUGGUGACACAUCACCUCAAAUAAGCCAUAGCUCUAGCGUGUGGAAGUAAAGCUGGCUUUGCGUGUAUGACAUGUCUAAUGCCAACCUAAUUGUCAGCUUUGGAAUGAAGCGUGCCAUUGAUAAUAUACUAAAAUGAGUUGAUCAGUGAAAUUCUUUGACAUCUAGCCGAGAAUUUUUGUUUGGUUAUCAAUAAUUCACUCUCAUUCAUGUGAGAUAUUGUGCUCUGCUUAUUUAUUGAUAGCUGACACUGGUCACCCAGGAGCACGAGAUGAGCGCGUUGAUGUACUUAGUACUGUGAAAUCAAACUGGAGGAGGCUGCAAUUCUGCAUUACACCUACAAAAAAUUCUCAAACCUAACCUCAAGAAGGGAUAGAUGUGGCUGCAAACCAACUAAAGAAGAUGUGAAGCAAUGUUUUAUCUUGGAAUUUGACCGUUUGGUACCGGGAACAUGUUGCAUGGACCGAUAGAGACACCAACUUGAAACUUUUAAGGAAGGAUGUAUUAACACAUAUAUAUGUGCCCAUGGCAUUCAUCGGUGGCCUCAAGGAAUCCGACGUCUAUCAAUGCAAUAACAUCAGCGAAAGCACAAUAAAAAACAAAGUCAUCAAACAUGGGUCUCGGAAACAAGGACCACAUCCGGCUAAACUGAACUGCUGGUCAGUCCAAAUUGGAAGGCGGUCACGGGAAGGUGCAGGUAAGCGUCAGAAAGAUCCUAGAAAUGGUUGAUGCCCAGGAAGGAGCAGCGAGGCCGCCAAUGUCGCCCCCAGGUUUUCUUGAGCUGGCUGAAAGCACCACUGCCUUUUCAUGACAUUAUGUGAGGCAUUGUUUGAGUAUUGACUGAGGUUGGUUUAACCAUGCGUGAUACAUGCAGCCUUGAGCAUACAGUGAGUCACUCAACAACUUUGGCGAAAGCCCAGAUGUUUUCUUGCAGUUUUUGAAAAAUAUUCCGCGCCCUGAUUUCAUGA